UCCUCCGCACAAAUCAAAUCGUUUGCCACAGAAGGAAGGAAACUGAAGAGCUUGUUAAUCUGAAACUUGUUCUAUGAAUUUGGUCUGUACGGGCUAGUAGCUUCAUUUAUUCACGGGGCUUAUUUUCAGUUUGCCAAAGCGUUAGGUUUUAAUUGUAAAAGGUUGCGCGUGCAAGACAAGGAAUUCCCUAAAUUAUUUUCCCGUUGAGAUGGGGUUGUUUGAUUAGAUUGUGACGGUAUGCAGACAGGAAUUAUAAUUUGAACAUCGCAUCCGAGAGGACUUGUCUUAGCUUGGCACCUGAGGAAUGAUUUGAAUCCAAUCAAAAUGUCAUCGUUGAAUUCCCUGUGAUGCGUGUCUUUAAGCAGGUGUCAGAUUGGAGAUUUAGUUCAUUGUAGUGGCUCCAGCUGAGAAGAACCACUCAGGCACUGAUACACCGAAGUGAUCAGGUUUUCCCUGAUCAGAAUCCUGCUUUGGAGAUGGAGGUGAUUCGUCGCUCCUCUGUGUUUGCAGCCGGGGUGAUGGAAGCCUUUGACCAUUCCCCGUCCGACAAAGAACUGGUGUCCCAGUCCAAGGCACUGUGUAGGGACUACAUACACUCUAGGCUCAACAUCUACGGGCUGGGCUCGUCCAAAACUCAGGUGGACUCAACGCUUUGUGAGGUGUCUGCUGUGCUUCUCUGUCUCGGUGAUGAGCUGGAGUGCAUGCGGCCGAGUGUCUACCGGAACGUGGCGAGACAGCUCAACAUCUCAGUGGCCAUGGAGACCACGGUGUCUGAUGCCUUUGUUGCCGUGGCAACAGAGAUCUUUUCUGCAGGCAUCACAUGGGGUAAGGUAGUAUCUAUGUAUGCCGUGGCUGGCGCUCUGGCGGUGGACUGUGUACGUCAGAACCAGCCUGCUACGGUCCAAACCAUAGUGGACAGUCUGGGUCAGUUUGUCCGCAAGAACCUGGCCCCUUGGCUGAAGAAACGUGGAGGAUGGACCGACAUUAAGAAAUGUGUGGUGAAGUUAGAUGCCGUUCCUCAGACCCAUUGGCUGUCUCCAGUUGCCGAAUCCUGCAAGCACUUUCUGUCAACACUGUACAUCUACAUUAUGAAGGAGCCAUGAAGGAAUUGGGAGAAGAACUGUGGUUGAAAGGACAAGAGCUUCAAGUCCUUGAAUUUGAAGGCUCUGUGCUUCAGAUGAAAUAGACAGCAGACAUCCUCUAACUUUUUGAUGGAACACAUUUUCUUAAGAUUGGUGAUGGCCAUCUAAACAGUGACUCUCCUUCGUGCAGAGUACAAGUCACAGUAUCACAUUUUGUAUAAUCAUCAUCAAUUUAAUCAACAAUGACUGCUCUUCUUCCAAAGAGUAAUCUCAGUUACCCAGAAGUAAAAUUCUCGCGUACGUUUUCACUUCCCGGCCAUGAGAGAUUAUCCAAAGUGUAGUCACAGUCAAUUUCAUAUACACAUAUCUUCAGUUCAGAUGAUCAACUUUUGUUCAAAGUACUUGUACAGAACCAUGUAUCUUUCAGUGUUGUAAUGUCGUUUCCGCUACCGUGUUGCAGUGAGCAUGUGUACUGUGGUAGGUGCUCAAAUCUCUGAAUUAAGAUCCAGUCUGAUAAUAACUAAAGAAUAUCAUCUGGGACUUUACACUGAAUAAAUGGACAAAGUGAUAGCAUCUGUUCUAUGGACAAGAAUUUGAUGCUUUUUGCUGCACCCCUGUGAAGGACAUAUGAAAUGUAUGAUGAGUUACUACUAUGUUGUGAUGGGAUGCAACAGUCUAUCCAGGCUUUGUCCACACUGUACAGUGCUGUUGAUCUCAGGGGUGUAUUCACUAGGAAGCAAAUGGGCAGAAACUGGGAGGGAUCUACCUUGCAUUUGUUCAAUAAGAAACACUUUUGUUGCAAAAUGUUUUGCUACAGUGUGCACUAAUGAGUACACCCCAGUUGUACCCAUCAAUGUGUACCAUUGAGUACAAAAGACAGAAUGAUGCCUAUUCUAUUUCUUUUAGCCUUUUAAAUACUAUCUUUAACUAAUGUAUUUUAUUGGGAAACUGUAGUUUUGAUUGAAUCUGUAUCUCUUUACAGCAUCUUUCCUGUGGUCACUUGCAGUAUUUACUUAAAGGUCCAAUGCAGCAAUUUUUAUCUCAAUAUCAAAUAAUUUCUGGAUAACAAUUUAGUACCUUAUUGUGAUUAUUUUCAAUUAAAAUUGUCAAAAUUAAACAGCUUCCUAGCAAAGAGCAAUUCCUCAAGCUAAAAUGUUGCUGUCUGGUAGUGGUCUGAGUGGGGUAGGGAAAACUAGUUGUUAUUGGCAGAGAGGUUUGUAACUUUUAUUUGUUUAUUAAUUAAUUUACUGCCAGGUGACGUUACCAGGCAGGCCAAAACUCCAUGCCCCCAAAACAGGCGGACAUUUCAGGCUGUCUUUUCAAACAGCUCUUACACUAAAAAAGUGCAUUAUCAUAAUUUUCACAAUUUCACAGUGUUAUUCCAACCUCAUUGUCAAAAUAUAUAUAACGCACGGGAAAAUCUAAUUCUUGACUGCACUGGGCCGUUAAUAUUGAGUUUUUAUAUGCAAAAUAAACGUAACACUAUCGAGAUAAGGGUGUUGUAAACAGAGGAGCAAAAUCAUGACAAUUAGAUGAUUUUAAUUGUUCAAAUCAAUCCAAUUUUAUUGGUCACAUACACGUGGUUAGCAGAUGUUAAUGCGAGUGUAGCGAAAUGCUUGUAAACAAUGUAAGAAAUAAUACAUUUAAAAAAUAACAAAUAACUGCCUAGUUUCCUAAGGACCUGAAGCGAAGCGAACAUCUCUGUCGGCGCCAUCAGGAAGUUACAUUUGUUUUUAUUCAACAGAUCCAUUGGGGUUCAAUACAGCCUUUGUGGGAAGGACAAAACUUGAUUUAUGGUAGCAUUAAAUGAAGUGCUUCAUACUGAACUCACACAAAACAUACAAAUUAUUUGAAGAAAAAACAACACAUCACUUGUUUCUUCAAAUGUUGCUCUCACGCGUUCCCCAUGAGACACACGCAUUGUCUCUCUUAUCUCACACAUUGAAAAGUACUGCUUUCAUUUGUCUAAUUAGUCCAUUGUUUAGUCAGUGUGUUAUUUUGCCAGCUAUACUCCAAAUUGUAUUGAAAUCGGAGCGUCUGCGCCUGCAAUUGAACAUCACGAGCCAACCUGGUCUCAGAGCAUUUCAUAUUAUUCUGUAGAAAGAAGACGAGUAGGCAGCCGGUACAUUGCAAUAAACGUUAGUGAACUAUUAACAUAAUAUAUUUACAAAAUAAUCCAUAUGGGAACAGUCGGCCGAGUACGUCAGGACGCACAACUGCAACGCGUUUUAACUACUAGAGUCUUGUCAGGCAGCGUUGUGGACGGAAGCUGACGUGUCUCUAGAAAUAGAGGUGGGGACAGGUAAAUGUCACAUGACAAGUAAACUAUGAAAAACACCUGCACCAGUAUCACAUCAGUGUAUAGAGAGGCAACAUGAGAAAUAUGAAAGAUAAAUGCGACAUGAAAAAUCGUGCACAGGAAUGUAAACAAAGAAUGUACGUAAAGGGAUACUCGAUCAGGGUUGCCUGUGUAAAAGACAGAUUAUGCACUGGUGCGUAAAAUGCAUGGCAUAAAAACACACAGGAAGCACACCAUGGCGGCAAUCAGAAACUCAUCAGAGCAAGGAAUUACACAAAAGGCUACACAGUGCAUUCAGAAAGUAUUCAGGCCCCUUGACUUUUUUCACAUUUUAUUACAUUACAGCCUUAUU